AUGGAGCCUGAAGUGUUGUUCACGGAUUCUGUUUUACAAUUCUUGAAAGAUUCACUAAAAUAUGACGAUGGAGUUCAGAGUGAUGCCGAAGAUCAUGUGAACAACUUUAAAAACCGACAUAGUAUUCCGUUUAGAGUGAUUAGAGACAUACACAACAGAAACAAAAUAGCAGGUCACAAACAACGCUAUCUUCAUGAAAUUUUACAAGACAGUGACAUAUGUCUUCCCUGUGUCAAACUUCCACCUCGUAAUCCAGAGCUUGAAGCGAGAAUACAGAGAUUAAAAGCAGAACAAGAAAACAAGAGAUACAAGGAAAUGACAAGAAAUGUAGACAAAUCUCAAAAAGAUGACAUGGAUAAAAUGAACAUUGGUUCUGAAGUAAAAGCUAUGAACUCCCAGAUGUGGUCCGUGGUCAACUUUGUCGUGACUGUAGGAGGAGCAUUUGCAUUUGGAUACAAAGCCACAGAAAUAGCCCUUGGUGGAUCAAAACAUGCCAUGAUGGUGCAAAUGGUUAUAGGACUUAUCUUUGGUACAAUAGUUUUUUUUGCUGACUUGUAUUUCCUUGUGAAGGAACAUUCCAAAUACUGACAGCACCUUAUCAUCAACAAAAGAACACAUUUAAAGGGAUCAGCCAAGGACAUCAGUAAAGGAUCUAUUAAGGACAUCAGUACAGGAUCUCUUAAGGACAUUAGGACAGGAUCUCUUAAGGCCGUCAGUAAAGGAUCUCUUAAGGACGUCAGUACAGGAUCUCUUAAGGAUGUCAGUACAGGAUCUCUUAAGGACAUCAGUACAGGAUCUCUUAAGGACGUCAGUACAGGAUCUCUUAGGGACGUCAGUAAAGGAUCUCUUAAGGACGGCAGUACAGGAUCUCUUAAGGACGUCAGUACAGGAUCUCUUAAGGACAUCAGGACAGGAUCUCUUAAGGAUGUCAGUACAGGAUCUCUUAAGGACGUCAGUACAUGAUCUCUUAAGGACGUUGGUACAGGAUCUCCUAAGGACAGUACAGCGAUUUCAUGAAAAUAACAGUAUGAGGAUCUCCUGAGGAUGACAAUGCAAGUGUAUUCUUCAGAUGUCACUACAGGAAUGUCCUUAGUCAAUACAGUGAUUUCUUGAGGACGACAGAGGAGAGAUCAGCUCAGGAUGUCUGUAGAGGGAUGUCUUCAGGAUGACGACAGGGAUUUUCUGAAGACAUCCGUACAGAGUUCUCUUGCAAAUGUCAGUACUUCUGAAGAUGUCAAUACAGAGAUCUCUUGAGGAUAAAAGUACAGAGUUGUCCUGAUGAUGCCUGGACAGCAAUCUCCUUAAGACGUUGAUAUAAUCCUUCUGAGCUUUUCAAUACAGUGAUGUCCUUUGGACUUCAACAGGCUUUUGUCCGUGCUACAUAUGUCAAAUUAUACAUCUCUGUGUAGAAUCCAUCCUCAAUCAAGGGCACUGCUCACUAUCGUUCUC